AUGCGUGUGGGAUUCACAGAACAACCUCUUGCCGAGGGUACUAUCGCUCGUUCAAAGUUUGCCAAGAGAAAUACAACGCAAGAUCUAGCGACGCUGGUACACUUGAUCGAAGCAGAAAUGCUGCCAAGGUAUGACGGAAAGACCGACAAGAAGACAGGCGCAGUAAUUUCCAGAUUUCUCGUGGGUAAAGGCAAAAACAUCAGUCCGAGUGUUAUUUCGCGGAUCGAGAGUUCGAUUGAUGAGCGAUUGGGUGGUAAUAUGACUGACAGCUAUCAGAAACUUGAGUCUUACCUGAGAUUAGUUGCUGAGAAAACCCGGGCUCAAUAA